AUGCGAACAGCGGCGCCUGCGUACAGACAUUCAAGGGCCAUGACGGCUUGGGGAUUAAAAAUUUUCGUAACAUGUUAAUGGACUCUAUGCUAUACCGGGGUAUUCUAGCUAUUGGUCAUCAAGAAUUUACUAACAGCUAUAUUUAUGGUAUAAAUGGAGAUUGGAUUGUACGGGACGAUGAGAACCUGAUUUGGUUACCUCUUAACUAUAGGCCCUCGGCUUGGACUGUUUUAUUAGGAGCUUUUGCAAUUGGGUGCCCAUCGGGACGUGUCUGGAUAUGCAAACUCUUGCAGAAAAAAUAACUAAUUACCAUAUUUAUUGAACAAAAGUGUUCCGUAUUUUCCCUCCU